AUAUGUGUGAUGCGGAAAAAGAUGUUAAUUUUGCCCACCAAAGAAAGUAUUUAAUCCUAUUGUGUUCAAACUGCUCACAACAUUCUUCAUAUACUGAACAGUAUACGGUCUGUUGUAGUAGGAAUAUCAACAAAGUCAUGAUAUUAUAGUAUUUCGAAUAGUUUUCCUUCAUACAACCAUCCAGCACAACCCUAGGUCUACACUGUCUCUGCCAUGGAGAAAUAUUCACAGUUUCGCGACAGAGGAUCUGGUAUCGCUCCGUUCUUGCCCGUUCAGACUCCAAGUGCCGGCAUCUAUGCCCCCGUUCAUCUUUUUCUCUUCCUCUUCAAAUUACCAAUCUUCCUCACAGUAUCCACGACUUAUUUUCUCUUUCUACAAUGGUUUCCCUUGGGAUCGCUACUCAAGAAGGCAAUAUUAUGGAUGAUACUUGGAAUACCGGGAGUGUGGUGGAUAGAUUUGCAGAUUGAUGGAGUCAAGAAAGGUUCACUGGCAAAGAAACAUGAAGGACGAGUACCAGAACCUUCAGAUAUUAUCGCAUCUUCCUUUACAUCACCUAUCGAUUCUUUAUAUUUGGCUGCCAUCUUCGAUCCCAUCUUCACAGUAUCCUACCCACAUACCCGCCAAGUUCAUCAAAUCUCUCUUCUCGGCGCAAUCUUUCGAGCACUCCAAAGUCCCAAGGAAUACCCUCCUAAGGGUUCAAAAAUGACUGAUUUGUCCGCCCUACUCUCUCGAUAUCCUGGACGUGCUAUUGUAGUUUUCCCGGAAUGUACAACUACAAAUGGAAAAGGAAUCCUCCCCGUGAGCCAAAGUCUUUUGACUGCUCCUUCAGGAACCAAAAUCUUCCCAAUCAGUCUCCGCUAUUCGCCCUCAGAUAUUACGACACCUGUUCCAGGGAAAUACUGGUCAUUCUUCUGGAAUCUUCUUUCAAAACCUACACAUUGCAUUAAAGUUCGAAUCGCUGAGGUCGUACACAAUACAUCCACGUCUGAACCAGAAAAGGCCACUAAAUACUUGAAGAAUCAAUUCGAUAGCGUUAACGGGGAUGCGGCGUAUACAAGCAGCUUUGAUACUGUCACAUCUAAGAAUGAUCAACCAGCAGAAACAACAUCAGAAGAACAACGUGUCUUGGAUAAGGUUGGGGAAGCAUUGGCACGAUUGGGGAGAGUCAAACGUGUUGGAUUGACUGUGAAGGAUAAGAUUGCAUUUGUGGAUGCAUGGAAUAAGAAAAGAUAGUAGGCAUAUGAGAUUGUGUUCGAGAAAUAUCUAUGGAACAAUAUCAUAUGAAAGUUAUGACUCCAUGUAUUGGGAGGGCAGUUUGAUAUUUAAUGAAUGUUUACAACUAAUUCGCUCACUCUCUACAAAUUGUUCACUUCUAUUAACAAUGGAGUCUUCAAUCAUAUAUAGCCACAGGUCUCGGGUAUUCCAUUUGUGAGGGGUGGGCAACUCACCAAUUUCAAUGGCAUGGGACAUGAUGAAUGCCACCUCGCAUAAACCAUAAUGAUAAAUAA